AUGUUACCACCAUCACGAUCAAAAACACCAACACCCGUCGGUCCUCGAGAUCAAACCAAAUCAAAGUCCAUUUUCAGAGGGAAGUUCCUCUCUUCUGCUCCUGUACCACCUUCCAAUUGUGCACCAUCUUCAAAUGCUACUACCCCUAUGAGCUCUCAGGCUAAUGAACGGCCUUACCAUGCAGCCUCUUCCAAUGACUCAGACCGCCCUGGACACUUGUUAGACAGCUUGGACAAUCCCUUCUUUUCAAACAGGGACCGGUCUUCCAAUGGGGACAGCACUGUUUCCUUCCAUGAACCAGUGGGUGAUAUGAAAGAGUUCCGAACAAGGACAGAUGAAUCAGCAAAAAACCUCCUCCAAUUGGCUGACACCAUUGAAAAACGCCACUACACCCUAAUUGCACAGGUCAUUAAACCGUAUCUCACAGAUGACAUGCAAGAACUUCUGGAGCCCUUCUUUGAUUGUUACAACUGCAGCAAUAAAACGGAUUUUUGGGAUGAUGCUGCAGGCAGGAAAUGGAGAGCAAUCUCCCUUACUCCUGCCAUGGAACAAACAGGUCGGAAUGCCUUGUUUUAUGUCAACGACGGGAGUGAAGUUGUAAUCAAUGGUGUUCUAAGCAAAGAAAAGAUUCAACUGACUUGUACCCGUACCAAAGAAUUGUCAGCAGCUAGCAGUUUAGGAGACCGCAGCAAUGAACAGGUUUUUGUAGUUCGAUACAACGGUAGUGACCUCCAAUGCAAAGUGAAAUAUAAGGAUAACUUGGGGACAAGCAGAUUAGUCUCAAUUGUCCUGAGAGAUGAGCAUGGGACCAUAUUUCCUUUCAAGCCGUCAGACAGGGUCGAUUUGUCAGAGACACUGCCAUGGCUCCCUGAUCUCAAAUGCAAAAAGCCAGCUUGCACCUUUAGAACGGUUACUUAUGAGUCUCGUGAAUCAUGA